UACAGCCUUAACACCAGUUUCUCGCGUUAGUGUCUUGACUGUUAGCAGUACAGCGGAAAGUGGCCGCGCCCCAAUGCAAGUAUAGGUGCAAACAAACCAGGUAGUCCUCAAAAUGGAAUGCGUAUGCUUCACCCUUAUCGUCGAUGACAUUGUCCUGCCCAACGGAGAAACGGUUAUGGAGGUGCUAGGCGGUGGUGGGCCCCAGACACUAUUCGGGUACCAACUGGUCACCAACCAGACUGCCUCUGUUGGACUCUCAGCCGGCGUUGGUCCAGAUCUGCCUCCCAAAUGCAAGGACUGGCUGGUUUCCCUGGGGGUGGACGUGUCGGGUCUGGUGCCGCACCGCCGCCCCACCCCGCGGGCCUGGCAGGUGUUCGAGGAGUGGGGCCGCAGGACGCAGAUCUGGCGGGGCCGCGAUGACCCCUGCGAGGAGUUGUACGACAUGCUGCGGCCCCGGUACGACAGCCUGCCCCCCGCCUUCCGUACCUCCGCCAACUUCCACCUGGGGCUGCACCCGCUGCACCCGCCGCUGCGGCUCAUGCGGCAGCUGAGGCGGGCGGCACAUGAGAACGGAGGCGCCUUCUCCGUGGAGCCCUACACGGCCGCUGAGACAGCCGCCUCACCCGAGCAGGUAACGCAGCUACUGGCGCACUGCGACAUCUUCUCACCCAACGAGGCGGAGGCGGAGUCUAUUGUGGGGCCAGGCUCCCCCUCCGAGCUGGCCAGCCGGCUGCUGUCGCUGUCCCCCCCGGGCGGUGCGGACCUGGUGGUGGUGCGCUGCGGGGCGCAGGGGGUCACGGCGGCACGCAGGCGGAUCCCAG